AUGAAAUUUGUGGUACAGCGAAGUACUGUGAAUGGACGGAUCGGAAAAAUUUUUCAUUGGGGUAAUGUUACUAUAGAGCAUGAAACUCCAUCUUGCAUGGUAUACACGCGUGCUGGUCAUAUUCCACAUUUGACAUGGGAUGUAGCAAAUGCACAUCUAAAACACCGGCAGUCACCUAUUUACCAACUCACUCUUCCUUCAUUUUUCGAAGCACUGGCAGUUAUUGAAAAAUUUGGUAAAGGAAUUGCUCGAUUUGCCUCUAUGCCAGUUAGUAUUGAAACAGUCAAGAAAUUACUAAGGUUCAGUCAUGUGUCAUCCUACGAAACAAUAUUUGAUUAUGGUACUCCAGAGGGAUGCUCCAGUAAACGGUUGGAAAAAGCACUGGAACGAACAAUCAGAUUUUCGAGAGAAUUACUGCGUAGCGAUUCUUUUGAGGGUCCAGCGGCAUUAAUUGCAUUAUGUGGUGGACAUAGUCCAUCUCAUCAUGAACGUUGUGCAUCUUCGAUUGGUUCACUUCCAAAAGGCUGUGGUUUUGUUUUGGAUGUAAUGCAGUUUGCAAAACGUCUUCGCGUAGUUCCAAAAAAAUCGAAAGUAAAAAAAGUAUCGAAAGUGGAUGCUACUGACAUGACGGUUCAGCUAGAAUCUUCUGACUGUGAAGCAUCUGAAAAUAUUGAUUCUUUAGACCCGAUUAUCACAGAAAGUGAAUUUGAUAAGAAUAUUAUCAAGAAUUUACUAGCUGGUGUGUGGCCUAACAUACCGUCUUCUCACUUACGUUUAGUUAAUGGAGCAUUUUCGCCGACGGAAGUAGUUGCUUUAACGCAUCUUGGUGUAGAUUUAUUCGACUCGUCCUAUGCUAUUUUUCUUGCCGAACAAGGAAAAGCAUUUGUUUGUGGAGAAAAUUUUCCAAAAGAGGCGACUUUCAGCGUGUUUGAUUUCACUGAUCCGUUGUAUUCAGAAGAUUUUAGACCUCUUUGUAAGGAUUGUAAUUGUUACACUUGUACACAUUAUACGAGGAGUUACUUGCGUCAUUUGACAAAUACAAUGGAAUUAUUAGGCCCAGUUUUGCUCGUAAUACAUAAUAUGCAAGAAUAUGAGAGGAUGUUCGCGUUGCUGAGAGAAGAUUUGUCUAGAAGUUCGGAUGCUGAAAAUUUUAUGCCCCAAAAAGGACAAGCAGAAAAAAAUUUAGGGAAGGAGUCGAUAAGAGAUUUACGUUUGGAUAAAAGAUUCGAUUGGGUUGGACCACCGGACGACAUUUCAAAAAUAAGGCCUGUUAGAUUGCGUCGCUUAAUCAAUGAGACGGAGCAGGAAAGAAAGUACCGUGAAGCACGCGAAGCAUUAAUUCAAUGGAGUUCACAAUUUUGGAUGCAUCAUAAUAUUUUGUUUGAAAAGAAAAAAGCAGAAUUUGUUGAACAGAGAAAGAAAAAUCUUGGAAGGCUGGAGCAUCCAAGUGCUGUUGAUAUGUCUGAAUUCUAUAAGGAGUUUCUCGACAAACAGUAUGAUAGUCUUACCAGCUACAACAGUAGUGAUUUGUUUAUAAACGAUAACUGUGCCGAACUGGACAAAAUGUUUCUUCAGGCAUUCAAUUGGAUUUCCGUCAAAUUAUUAAAUCAAUAUGUAUAG